CCAUUACCGAAAAUUCCCAAAAGCUCUCCCGUUUAUGGCUGCACGCGAUAGCUCCCCUAGCAGGCAGGCUAGCGGCGGCACUUCGGCAAGCGAAGCCACGGAGACGCCGCGCGUGAUGGCUACCUCAACGAAGUGGAGGAAGAAGAUAGAGAGAGGCUAGAUAGUGUGUUACAGUGGGACGACAUGACACGUGCAUGAAACCGCAUGGUUCGCUGGUUGCCGAUGACCACAGAAACGGUAUCUCCUGUAUUCUAGUACUAGUCAUAGUCCACGGUCAUGGUCAACAGUCGGCACUACAACAUUACUUGAACUGACUCUGUCUGUAGCCUCUCAAUCUCCAUAGUUACCUUCAUACUUACCUGGGUCCUGGGACUACAAGAUCCAGCAGCAAAAAGCUGAACUUUGCUCAAGUCUCGAAUAAACUCAAGGACUUCAUUCGUUCGUCCCAACCCCGAAAAACUCAGCCGUUCGGCAAGGAAAAUGGCAGGAGCCAACCCACAAGACCGCGGCCGAAUCGCGCUGUUCCCGCUGCCGUUCCAGGGCCACCUGAGCCCGAUGCUGCAGCUCGCCGACGUGCUCCACGGCCGCGGCCUCGCCGUCACCAUCCUCCACACCACCUUCAACGCCCCGGACGCCGCCAGCCACCCGGAGUUCGCCUUCAUCCCCAUCCCCGAUGAAGGCGUGGCCGACGCGAUCGCCGCGGCCAAGGACGGGAUAUCCAAGAUCUUCGCCAUGAACGACGCCAUGGAAGCCUCCGGGUGCGUCCGGGACGCGCUGGCUGCGAUCCUCUCCGAGGAGCCCCGGCGGCCGCCUUCGUGCCUCGUCAUCGACACGAGCCUCGUCGCCGUGCAGAAGGCGGCCGUGGAGCUCGGCCUGCCGACAAUCGUGCUGCACACCGGCAGCGCGGCCUGCACCCGUUUGUUCAGAUCCUACGCCAUGCUCCACGAGAAAGGCUACUUGCCAGCCAAAGAACAUGAACUAGACAGGCCGGUGAAGGAGCUCCCACCGCUACGAGUCUCGGACCUGUUUGAUCCAAGCAAAUACCCGAACAAGGAAAUGGCGAACAAGAUCGUACAUCUCGCGAUCGAAACCACGGCGAACUCCGCGGGCAUCGUAAUCAACACGUCCGAGGCUCUGGAGACCCCUGAGCUGGAGGCUCUGCGCCAGGAGCUGGGCAUCAAUGGCACAAAGGUCUUCGCCAUUGGCCCACUCCAUAAGCUCUCCGCCAUCGACAGCGCCGCGAGCAGCCUGCUUGAGCAGGACCGGAGCUGCAUCGAGUGGCUGGACACGCAGGCCACGGGCUCCGUCCUGUACGUGAGCUUCGGGAGCGUAGCUCCAAUUCACCGGGAUGACUUCACCGAGGUGGCCUGGGGUUUAGCCAACAGUGGGAUUCCUUUCCUGUGGGUGGUUCGACGAGGCCUCGUGAUCGGCAUGGAGGAGCCUGAGCUGCCUGAUGGGUUCGAGCUCGCGGUGGACGGCAGGGGCAAGGUCGUCAGAUGGGCGCCGCAGCAGGAGGUUCUAGCCCACGGUGCCGUAGGUGGGUUUUGGACGCACAACGGGUGGAACUCCACGCUGGAGAGUAUCCACGAAGGGGUCCCGAUGCUGUCGAGACCUUUGUUUGGUGAUCAGCUCGCGAAUGGGAGGUACGUGCAGGAUGUGUGGAAGAUUGGAUUUUUGCUGCAGGGCAAGCUUGAGCGGGGGAGGAUUGAGAAGGCUGUUACGGCGUUGAUGGAGGGGGACUUGGCUGCUGAGACGAGGGAAAGGGCAAAGGAAUUGAGGACCAAAGCGAUGAUGUGCUUGGAGAUCGGCGGCUCCACUCGGCGAGCCGUCGACGAAUUGGUCGAUCACAUAUUAUCUCUUUAAACUUUUCCUAUGGUGAAUAAAUUUGUGUCUAUGACCUGCUAAGCGUGUAUACAUGGAUUAGUAUUAUAUACAUGGUUUCAGACGAAUUGACAAAUGUUAUCAAAACGAAUUGACAAAUGUUACAAAAUAAUCGGAGAAA